UCAAUUCAACAGACAACAAUGAACAAACAGGUCAGCUUUUCAAAGAGAAAAAUCAGAGAAGACUUUUAUUGCAUUAUCGGCGAACAAACAUGUGUCAUUGCAAACCCAAAUUCUCUUUUUCUCAUGUUUGGCACCGUUUGAUUUGACGAUCUUCACAGCAAUUCAGAGAAACCCACCUUGUUCUUUCCAAAGAAUAAAGCCUGAAACUUGAGAGGCAAUGGCAAUGUGGGUUUCUUCAACGGUGAACAGUUUGCGAAUAAGUACGAUAAUGUUGGGUUUUUCAAAUCUAGCUGUGGUGAUUGUUGGUGGGGUUCUUUUGUUUCUCGUGUUUCCUGGUUGUGAACUUAACAGAAUAACUAUUCCUGUUGCAAUGGUGUCUUUGGCUGCUGCUUUCAAAAUAUUUGCCAUGUUUAAGUCCGGGAUUGCACAAAAGGCUACUGCCUUUUCCAUUCUUGAUUCUCCUCUUGAUUCUUCUGCUAUCGACUCCAUUAAUCGUCAUCGAAGACGGCUGAGGUACAAAACAUGGCUUUGGUGGAGUCGUUUUGCAUUGGUAAUGACUCUGCUGCAAAUUUUAACUGCAAUUUACCUUGUGUUUAAUGUGGCUAAAUAUAUCUCUCAUGAUGGGACAUCAAGUGAAUGUCAACCAGGGACAGCUUCAAAUGGUAACAAGUGGAAGACAAAACUACUCAUUUCAUUUGUUAUCGCAGUCUGUACUAUUCCACUAAUCCAUAUUUUUGUGGGACCUGCGGUCCUAAGAUGGAGGUCUUUUUAUCAAACCCAAGAUGAUGUAUGGAAGGCGCACUAUCAAGAGGUGUUUGACCAUGGAAUUCGUGAGGCUUUGUGCUGUCUGGGGCGUGUCAAAUACAUGCGUGUGUCCAAGGAAGAUGAAGUUUACUCAGUAGCACGAUUAUUGGGUGAUCUUGUUGCCUAUCGGGCAUCAGGCACUGGACAUUUAGAACUUCUGGCAGGUCUAGCUUUGUUGCAGAGGCAUAGCGAAUCCCCUAAAUCUCAUGAUGGAUUGGUAGAAGCACCUAGAGAAAUGAUUCAGGAGGCCUUUGCUUUUCAUGAAUUUGCUGAAGCUGCAUACACUGGUCCAUUGCUUGAUUUUGGAAGACAUACUGUAUUUUUUCCUUGUGCAUGGCUCUACAGGCAAAGGAUUUUGACUCCAUGGACUCGUAACAGGCGGCCCUCUCUCUCUGGAGAUAACUGGUGGCGGGGUCAUGCAGCAGCCUUUUUAAAAUAUACUAAUUUACCCCCAGAAGCACUUCGACGUGGUCGUGUUUGUCAGGAAAAAUGUGAAGCUGCAUACUUCGUUGUGGUUCUACGCCAUCUAAGAUCUGUAGUGAUCUCUAUACGAGGAACUGAGACCCCUGAAGACCUCAUAACAGAUGGUUUGGGAAGAGAAUGCCUUCUUUCUAGAGAAGACUUGGAUGGGUUGAUAAAUAGCAGCCAUAUUUGCCCUGAUGUGAAGCGAAGUGUGGAAUCAUCUUUUCCACACUAUGGACACUCAGGCAUAGUUGAGGCUGCACGUGAUCUUUACAUGCAACUUGAAGGAAAUCUUGCAAAUAAUGAAUCAGAAAGCAGCUCUGGCUUCCUUUCCUCAUUGCUGGGAGCUGGAUGUGAGUGUGAUGGUUAUAGUCUGCGCAUAGUUGGCCAUUCCCUAGGAGGUGCCAUUGCUGCUUUGCUAGGACUGAGGCUAUAUCGCCAGUACCCAGCUUUACAUGUCUAUGCGUAUGGACCCCUUCCAUGUGUGGAUUUGGUCAUAGCAGAGGCAUGUUCAGAGUUUGUUACAAGCGUUGUACACAACAAUGAAUUUUCUGCACGGCUUUCAGUUGGAUCAGUCCUACGGCUUCGUGCUGCUGCAAUUGAGGCACUCGCUCAGGAUUCCAAGACUGAUACAGCCUUGAUUUUUAGGCUAGCUCGUCAAUUUCUCUGUGUGAGCAAGAAUCAAAGGGGGGAGAUUGAGGCAGCUGAUCCAUCAGAGCUACAUUCUGCAGCCUCCACAGUAGAUGAACUGGAUCACAAAGUCUAUGUGGGAAGCAACAAGGUGGAUCAAAGUUAUUCUCUCUGGAAAGAAUCAGACAGGACCAAUAGUGGAGACAGGACCAAUAGUGGCGGUGAUACAGAGGAUGACAAUAUUGAAAAUCCAUUUUAUGAUAACACUUCUGUCAUAAAUUCAUUGGACGAUCCUGUAUCACAAUUUUUGGAAACUGUCCCCAGAUCUGAAAAUGGAUCAGCAGGGGAUCGUGCAGAGAUGUUUCUACCAGGCCUUGUGAUUCACAUGGUACCCCAACAAAGGCACAUCAGUAUGCCAUUAUGGAAGGGCUGGAGAUUUCAAGAGCGUGCACGGAAUUAUAAAGCUUAUUUAGCAAACAGAGAUGUCUUUAAAGAUAUUGUUGUGUCACCAAAUAUGUUCUUUGAUCAUCUGCCUUGGAGAUGUCACAAUGCCAUGAAAAGGGUGUUGGAAUCUCAAAAUGACAAAGGCAUGCUGGACGUAUCUCAAAUCAUGUGAGUUAUAUACAUUCAUUGUAGUGAUAUGAAACUGCAAUUCUCUUUUAUGAUCUCGAUUGCAUUCAUUUGUUCUGCCAUCCUGGGCCGGAGCUGCAUGUCUGAUAUCUAGUUGAGUAAGCUAACCGAAAGAUGCAACCAGUUUCGACAAGUGGGUCUGCAUGAACUAGACCCUGGACUUAGAAAGAUAUAACCAAGAUCUACUAGCAUGGUUAAUUUGUACAGCAGAGGUUUCUAUAGCAUUGCUACUGUUAAAUUGUAUAGCAGAUGCUGUUUAGCAUUCUAAGUUCCAAUUCAAACUUUUAACAAUGUAACCAUUCUACAAAUGAUUAAACCAAAAUAUGAUUUAUACAGAAACUAAGCUUAAAAGUUGUUAUA